GAAACCUUUUUUUUUGGCUGUCACUCAUUGAAUUGCAAUAGUUGUAACAGUUGCCUGCAAUAGCAGAAUGAGUUCCCAACGCGGUAACGUCAACCGCACACGUGCACAGAAACACAAAAAUCGUUUUGUAUUCAAGAAUGAUCUGCACGACAAGACGCCGCAACAGAUGCGCCUCAACGCCAUGCAUGUCUCGACGGUCUGCCAACGCUGCAAGGAGGUGAUCGAGUGGAAGAUCAAAUACAAGAAGUACAAGCCGCUCACCCAGGCGAAGACCUGCAGCCAUUGUAAGGAGAGGACGGUGAAGAAGGCCUACCAUGUCAUCUGUCGGGAGUGCGCCAUCAAGGCGCACGCCUGCGCCAAGUGCCUGAAGACCGCCGACGAGGUGGCCAUAGAGGCGCCCGAGCCAACGCCACAGGAAGAGCAACAGUUGCAGGUGGAAAUGGACCGUUUGGUCAAAUCAUUCUCAGAGCGCAAACGUCGCGCCUUCGUGCGCUACAUGGCCAAGGGCAAAAAGCAAGAGCCCACUGAGAAGGACGAGGAGACGCAGGAGAUCGAGGAAAAGGCGAAACGUGUGGCCCACACUCGCGCCGAGCUGCUGGACAAAAUUAAGCAACUGAACCUAGCCGAAGAGGGCGAUGAGGAUGAUUACGACGAUGAUGAUGACGAUGACGAUGACGAGGACGGUGAAGAUGAAUCAGAGGUUGAUUCUAACGAAGAAGACAGCGAGGAAGAGAAACCUGUUAAAGCGAAAUAAAGUUUAUAUUUUUUUUUAAUCAAACUUA